UUACAUGUUGUGAAAAUUAUGAUGAAGUCUUUUUUUUAAUCUUAAUGAAAGAAUGAAAAUUAUGAGAAGGGGACACAGGGGUCAAAGUCUAAUUUUGAUAAACACCCUCAACCACUAACACUUCUUUUUUCUUUCCAUUGGCUGGAUUUUUUUAUUUGUUUUCAUUUCAAAUUCAUUGAGGCUAUGAAAUCAGUUAUUUGAUAGCUUUGGUGACAUGUAUGACUUAUAUGAAGGGGGAAUUAAGCUGCCUACAUAUAUACUGAAUAAAAUUAAUCCUUUACCAGUGUUAAAGGAAGUCUUCAGAACUGAUGGUGAACAAUUCCUCAAGUUUCCACCUGCUAAAGUGAUUCAAGAUUGGAAUACUGAUGAAGAAUUUGCAAGAGAGAUCAUUGCUGGUGUAAAUCCUGGUUUAGAUCACAUCCUUCAAGAGUUUCCUCCAAAAAGUAAGCUAGACAGUGAAGUCUAUGGGGAUCGUACAAGAACAAUAACCAAAGAACAAAUAGAGCUUAACUUAGAUGGGCUCACUGCAGAUCAGACUAUCCAGAACAAGAAAUUGUUCCUGCUAGAUCACCAUUUCAGCUGUUCGGAAGAUAGGACCUUUACUAAAGGUCCUCUCUUAGAAUCUUGAACCUUUGUAUUGAGUCAGUCUUGAAGAACUAUAGAAGUAGCUUAUAAAGUGGUGGUUCUCUCCUAAAGUUGGUUUGCUAUGGACUUUGGAACCUUUCUAUUGAAGUGAGUCUUGAAGAUCUAUUGAUCCAGCUAACAUAUUGGUGUAUUCAUUCAUUCUUUAACUAUUUAGUCAUUUCCUAAUUGCUAAAUUUCAUGUUUAACAU